AUGGCGUCGCCCGACGCUCUUCCGCUACGAUUCCUCCUCGUCGUCCUCGUCACCUUCACCGCUGACGCCACCCAACGACCAAAAACGCUGCACAUCCCCGUCGUCCACCGAGACGCAGUCUUCCCACCCCGGCGCGGCGCCCCACCGGGCAGCCUCCGCCGCUGCCGCCAUGCCGCUCCCUACACCGCACAGCUGGCGUCCUUCCACUCGAUCACCGACGACGACGGCGACCGGCUCCGCUCCCCCGUCAUGUCGGGUGUCCCCUUCGACAGCGGCGAGUACUUCGCGGUCAUCAAAGUCGGCGACCCGCCCACGCGCGCGCUCGUCGUCAUCGACACUGGCAGCGACCUCAUCUGGCUCCAGUGCGCGCCCUGCCGCCACUGCUACCGCCAGGUGACCCCGCUCUACGACCCGCGGAGCUCCAGCACGCACAGGCGGAUCCCCUGCGCCUCGCCGCGGUGCCGCGACGUCCUCCGCUACCCCGGCUGCGACGCCCGCACCGGAGGCUGCGUGUACAUGGUGGUGUACGGCGACGGCUCCGCGUCCAGCGGCGACCUUGCCACCGACAGGCUCGUGUUCCCCAACGACACGCACGUCCACAACGUCACGCUCGGAUGCGGCCACGACAACGAGGGGCUGCUGGAGUCGGCGGCCGGGCUGCUCGGCGUCGGGCGGGGCCAGCUGUCCUUCCCGACGCAGCUGGCGCCGGCCUACGGGCACGUCUUCUCGUACUGCUUCGGCGACCGCUUGUCCCGCGCGCAGAACAGCUCCUCGUACCUCGUGUUCGGCCGCACGCCGGAGCUACCGUCCACGGCGUUCACCCCGCUGCGGACGAACCCGCGGCGGCCCAGCCUCUACUACGUGGACAUGGUCGGCUUCAGCGUCGGCGGCGAGCGCGUGACCGGAUUCUCCAGCGCCAGCCUCGCGCUGAACCCGGCGACCGGGCGUGGGGGCAUCGUGGUAGACUCUGGCACGGCCAUCUCACGGUUCGACCGGGACGCGUACGCGGCGGUGCGCGACGCCUUCGACUCGCACGCGGCAGCGGCCGGGAUGCGGAAGCUGGCCACCAAAUUCUCAGUGUUCGACACGUGCUACGACCUCCGAGGGAACGGUGGGCCCGCAACUGCUGUUCGUGUCCCCAGCAUCGUGCUGCACUUCGCCGGUGGUGCGGACAUGGCACUGCCUCAGGCGAACUACCUCAUCCCCGUGCAGGGCGGGGAUCGCCGGACGUAUUUCUGCCUAGGGCUCCAGGCGGCGGACGAUGGCCUCAACGUGCUCGGCAACGUCCAGCAACAAGGCUUCGGUGUUGUGUUUGAUGUGGAGAGGGGAAGGAUCGGUUUCACGCCAAACGGAUGUCCAGUUUAA